AAACACAAUUUCUUAAAAUCCAACUUCUUUCUUAACCGUCAAAAUUCAGACAAAAAUUGUACCUUCAAUCAAGAUCCUAGUAUAUAAUUAGAGAACAUAAAUUUCAACAUUUUAGAAUUUAAUUACAAAAUAAUUUGGUAAUUAAAAUUUCAAUAAAGACGUAUUUUUUCAUUGGAUAUAUUUUUAUCGAUUAUGAAUCUGUUGGGAUACAUAAUUAGUUUUAAAUACACUCACAGAUAUAUUUUCUCCUUUGUAAAGAUACAUAAUUAGCUCUUGAUUUAUUUAUUUUGAAUUUUAAAUUAUCGAAAUAGAUACAUAAUUAAUUAAAAUUUUUAUAAUUAUUUUUGUAAGGGAAAAAUUUAUGCAAAUAUUAUAAGUUAAAACCUAUGGUUAUGUCAUUUUCCCAUAUAAUUAUAUCUUUUAUAUAUGUAUAUAAUAAGCAAGUGAGAUUUGAUUUUUCAACAAUUAAGCAGAUAUGGCAAACACUACAGAAAAAUCUAAUGGAGAAGUUUACAAUGAAACAACGGAUUCAACAAAUUUCAAGAAACAAUCAAAAGGGAUAAAUCAAGAAGAUAAAGGGGUUACACUUUUUGAUAUUUUAAAUAAUUUUAUAUCAGCAAUUUUUAAUUAUAAUAAUAAUGAUGGUAAAUUAAUUGAGAGGAUUAAAGGUUCAAUUUCUGAAAAUGUUCCUUUGAUUCAACAAGCUUCAAAGAAUACUGCUCAUAAUGUUUAUGCUUGGACUCGUAAAGGAAGCUCUUUUCGUGCCCUUCUUGUUGUUUCUGUGGGGACGAUUGCUCUCCUUGCUUUGACAGGAUUGCUAGUCUUUAUGGUUUUCUUUGUCGCAGCAACUGUCAACGCCAUUGUGAUCUCUCUUCUCAUGUCAUUAGCGGCUGCAGGCGGAUUCUUGGCUCUUUUCUUUGCCUCCCUAACGGCUAUUUAUAUUGGCGCUCUAUUGGUUGCUGUAUUUGUCAUUUCCACUACUACAACCAUAGCAAUUUUUGCUGUGAUUGUGGCUACAGGUUGGAUCGGAUUCUUCUGGACAAUAUGGCUGGCCACAAAGAAAAGCGCAAGUCUUGCCAAGCGCUCAUUGAACGCGACAGGAUCAGCACUAUCCGCUUAUUCUUCCUCCAGACAGGUUCGACACAACCAUGAUGCAUGAUGAACCAUGCUUACAAUCAAGAAAGAAGGCCCCAACUUCUACGAAUAAGAGUCUUGAAUGGUGAUACCUACUACCAUAUGUAUUUACAUUUCAGUGCCUUAACGCCUUCGCGAUGAUAUACAUAUCGAUGAUAUUUGUAGCUUGUCGUGCGUUAAGGUCUAUGUAUAUUUUAAUAGUAAAUGCAUGUGCAGCAAGAUUUCAUGGGGCCUUUUGUUAUGGUUGGAAACUGGCUUGUAAAUUGUUCUUGAGAAAUCAGUUAGCAAGUAAUAGUAUCUGUUUUGAACACUAGAAAAUGUUGAAAGAGAAUGUAAGUUAUUGUGUUUGUUGAAUUUGAGUCAUGAUAUUUGACAUCAUAUUACAUUUUGAAUGCAAGUAAUAUUUUUAGUUUA